AACACCCCCUCCCCACUCAAAGCUUAGAACAUAGAAAAGCUCUAUUAUCAUUUUAGGAGAUCUUGAUUUUGAUUUCAAAACACAGAGAAGAGUUCGAGUAGAGAGACUGGAUCAAGCUUCUUUCUUUGACAUGGAUGUAGCUUGAACAACCCAAAACAAUACUAUUUAUUCGAUUUCGCUCAAAACUUCCUACCCUUCUCCUUGAAAGAUAUGACUUCUCACAUACCGCCCUUUAACCAGUCACCUACGCUGAUCCCUAAGCCCGAGCCACUCAGUGAUUCCGACCCACAAGCUCCGAUUCCACCCUCAUCCAUCUUCAAUUUCAACACCACAGUCGAAGCUCCCCUCGAACCUAACUUGUUGUGCAGAGAGUUUAACAACGUCGCAGAGACUUUUCGCUCAGCGUUCGCACAACGCCUCAAACGGCACGAGGACGUUACGGUUCUCGAUUCUCUAACCGGCGCAAUCGUACCAGUUCAAGAAGAAGAGGAGCCGGUUCCGAUUAGUUACUCACUCAACGACCCUUCACCGUCCCUCGUUACCCGAAAGCCGAAGCCGCAGGAACGCUCUUCGGAGCUGGUGAGGAUCACUGAUGUUGGGCCUGAAGGAGAGAGACAGUUCCGAGAAGUUGUAAGGAAGACGAGGAUGAUCUACGAUUCUCUUAGGAUCUUCUUGAUUUUAGAUGAAAUGCAUGAAGAGUUUGGAAUGGCAAGGAGGAGAGGUAGGCCUGAUAGUAAAGCUGCUUCCAUGAUGAAAGAACGUUUUUUGUGGCUUAAUCGUGACAAACGCAUCGUUGGUUCGAUUCCUGGUGUGCAAGUUGGUGAUAUAUUCUUUUUCAGGCUUGAGUUGUGUGUUAUGGGUUUACAUGGACAGACCCAAGCUGGGAUUGAUUAUCUCAUUGGGAGUCGUAGCUCUAAUGGGGAGCCAAUUGCUACUAGUGUGAUUGUUUCAGGUGGGUAUGAGGAUGAUGAUGAUCAAGGAGAUGUUAUUAUCUAUACAGGACAUGGUGGGCAAGACAAGCUUGGUAGGCAAGCUGAGCAUCAGAAGCUGGAAGGUGGAAAUCUCGCUAUGGAGAGGAGUAUGUAUUAUGGGAUUGAAGUGAGAGUCAUUAGAGGGUUUAAGUACGAAAACUCGGUUUCUAGCAAAGUCUAUGUCUAUGAUGGGCUGUUUAGGAUUGUUGAUUCGUGGUUCGAUGUUGGCAAGUCUGGCUUUGGUGUGUUUAAGUUUAGACUGGAGAGAAUCGAAGGGCAGGUCGAGAUGGGUACCUCGGUUCUGAAGUUUGCUAAGACUCUGAAAACCAACCCGAUGUCUGUGAGACCAAGUGGUUACAUCAGUUUCGAUAUCUCGAACAGGAAGGAGAAUGCUCCUGUGUAUUUGUUUAACGACAUUGACAAUGAUCAAGAGCCUUUGUAUUACGAGUAUCUCGCCAAUACUUCGUUUCCACGUGGCAUAUUGUUUCAACAGAGUGAUAAUGCAAGUGGAUGCAACUGUAUCAACGGUUGUAGCAGCGGCUGCCUUUGUGAAAUGAAGAACGGUGGUGAGUUUGCUUAUGAUUACAAUGGGAAUCUGAUAAGACUGAGACCGUUGAUACAUGAGUGUGGACCAGCUUGUAAGUGCCCUCCUACUUGUCGAAACCGUGUCACUCAAAAGGGUUUGAGAAGCAGACUCGAAGUGUUCAGGUCGGUGGAAACUGGAUGGGGAGUUCGGUCUUUAGAUAUAUUACAUGCUGGCGCUUUUAUUUGUGAGUAUGUUGGGGUUGCUUUGACAAGGGAACAAGCCAACAUCUUGACCAUGAAUGGUGAUACGUUGGUUUAUCCUGCUCGGUUUUCUUCCGCUAGAUGGAAAGCUUGGGGAGAUUUGUCUCAGGUCUUUCCUGAUUACGAGCCACCCUCGUAUCCUCAGAUCCCUCCUGUUGAUUUUGCGAUGGAUGUUUCGAAGAUGAGAAAUGUUGCUUGUUACAUAAGCCACAGUACUGAUUCAAAUGUAAUUGUCCAGUUAGUACUGCAUGAUCACAACAAUCUGAUGUUCCCUCGUGUUAUGCUUUUCGCUGCUGAAAACAUUCCUCCCAUGACUGAGCUCAGCCUUGAUUAUGGAGUAUCUGAUGAAUGGAGCCCCAAGCUCGCCAUUUGUGAUUAAAGUUGUCCUUGACCAGUCCGCCGCCUUAUUUUUCAAGAUUGUUUAAUCUUUCCUUUGGUUGGGGGAUGAAGUAUGAAGGAAAGCAGUUUGUGAAGAAUCAAGGUUUGAUAGACUCCAUUCCUCCCACAGGUCCCAUUGUGUACGUUUUGAGUUUUCUGUAUGCUUGCACAAUAUGGGAGUCAAUGUUUUAACGUGUAUUAGUGUACAAAACUCGGAAAGAUGUUCCUGUCUGUACCUGUUUGGUCUAGAUAUGUCUAUGAAGUGAAACAAUAUUAACCUUCCUUCUCGCUCUCUUUUUUUU